CUACAACUCACCAUCAGGAAGAAUAUAAAAGCUAGAAAAUUGGACCAGAGAAAACAAAGGAAGGAGAGAAUAUGUUCAACUCAAUGUACAUUUACAUAUCCGUGAUAACGCUGCUGGUGUUUGCCACUAUGAACGAGGGUAAAUUGACUAAGGUAGAAGUCAUCGAAAAUUCGCUUUCGGAUGCUCGAAAACAAUUACACGGAAUAGCUCAGUUGAUUAUCAGCAGAGAGGCAGCGAUUAAAGAACUGAAAGAUAAGAUUAAUAGUAAUGAAACUGCAGAAACAGGCAACAGAACCGUUGAGAACUAUAUCAGCUGUUGGAGAAAAUAUUAUGAAACCUACUAUGGAUACGUAUUAUUCGAAAGGGCCAAAAAUGCACCUGUGGAUCAUGGUACCUUCACUGUGGACCAUUCCCUCCAACAAUGUUUCAAGGAAGAGGCUAAUGCUCGCGAAGCUCAAUGGCAAUCAGUAUCAGCAGCAGUCAACUGUGAAUAUUAUAAACCGUCAGGAAAAGAUAAAGAUCUUCGGGAAUUGAAGAGUAAAAUAGAAAAUUCAUACAGUCUCAGAAUGAUCUAUGGUGAUACUAUGUUGCUCACGAAAAUUCAUGAAAGUCUCAUUAAGAAGUUGACACGUAAGAUUUACUUUCUUUCCCAUACGAACUACCACAUUUCAUUUUUCAAAAUUGAAUCAUCAGAGAAACUGCCAUCUCAUCUUUUUAGAUAUCUGAAAUUGAAAUGCAAUCCACGUGAAAACAGUAUUAUUUGUAUUUUGAACACCAGGGACAAGAGUUGUAUGUAUCGGUGGAUCAUCAUUUUAUUCAUGUAAUAUUAUAUCAUAUGGACUCACGCUUAGUAUUGUGAAGACAAUCAUGCAAUUUAUAACAGACUCGGCAUUCACAAAACUCAACCGACGACUUCUUCUCAGCUGAACACUAGUUGUGGUCAAGUCGAUUUAAACCAUGUCAGACAUCGCCAAUACACCCUCAUCGACAGCCGCAUCUACACCCACAUAUACAUCAGUGCGAAUAACUGCAUUUGAGGUAUCUGAAAUUUAAUGAAUGGAUCAGGAUGACUGGAGUCACUGACUCUCCGUUAUUCUGGGUGUGGAGUGAUGUUCAUAACAGGCGUUGCUUGUUCUUCAAGUCCUAAAGUUUACAUCGGUAGUCAAAACUUAUCGAUUCAUUUUGUGUCUCUCCCAAUACUCGUAACAUUCAGCCUCGUUUACCUUCUCAUGAAAUCAUAAAUGCUCAUCUGCUUUUAUUUUCUCUACAGGAGUAGGAGGAAGAAACUAGAGAAGAAUGUGAAUGUCCUGCUGAUACUAGCAUCGGAAACGUUUAUUCUGCAUAUUACUGAAAUGUAUUGAUGUGCAGUGGAUUUAUAUUUUCAUGUUAACGUUUGCUGUCUGCUUUCUAAAUACAAUUUAAUCACCCA